AAUGAACACCAGCCCCAUCUCCCCGUCACUGCUAUGAGCGUCAAACCCAGUCCUGAGGGUCUGCUUGCAGCCAAACCUGCUCAGUCUCCGGCAUCAGUGCCUAAAGCAGCAAGUGUUUCUACUGCAGAGGCUCCAACAGGGGAAGCAGGGGAAUAUCCUUUUAAAAGAGGAACAUCUGGAGUUAAGGAGGUGCCGUCCAACGUAUCCAAGGAACAGUCGGGCUCUGAAUCCCAGUCUUUUGCCCUUCUCCCCCUUACAGCUGCACCCAAACCUGAUCAGAGUACCACUUCAGCACCAGAAUCCCCUACAACAAAGCCAGGCCAAUAUCCGUUUAAACGUGAUGUCAGUGAACCCAAGCCGUACCUGUCUCUCACUGCCAUGACCAAACCCAACACAGAGUCUUCAUCAUCUGCUAUACCAGCACCAGCUCAGUCUUCUCCAAGUCUUUCAGGAUCACAGGACCCUAUUGUAAAGCCAGGGGAAUAUCCCUUUAAGCGAGUACCAGUUCUCAAGACACCCAGUCCCAGCCUAAAGAGAAGUGUGAGCUUCCCUCAAUCAGCAGAAAAAUUACUUCCCUCCAAAUCAAUCAUAAAAUCUGGUUUCUCACCUAAAUUGGACAAGAAAGCAAACAAAGGAGGAGGGUUUGACUUCAAGCAGGAUUUGAUGAAAUCUCAAACACUUCCACGCUCCAAUGGAGCACAGGCCAAACGAGCUCUCUUUGAGAGGAUGAACUCAGAGCCCACUAAGCCAAAGGACUCUAAGCCUAAACUGAAGCGCUCUCAGAGUUUUGGCAUGUCCAGUGCCAGCGGUAUUAAACAGAUUCUCUUGGAGUGGUGCCGCUCGAAAACGAUUGGCUAUCAGAAUAUAGACAUCCAAAAUUUCUCCUCCUGUUGGAGUGAUGGGAUGGCUUUCUGUGCUCUGGUCCACUCUUUCUUCCCACUGGAGUUUGAUUACAACACUCUGGACCCUGCAAACCGCAAACACAACUUACAGCUGGCAUUCACCACCGCAGAGGAGCAGGCAGACUGUCUCCGUCUGAUCGAGGUGGACGACAUGUUGGAGAUGGGGGACAGGCCUGACCCCAUGUGUGUGUUUACAUACGUCCAGUCCCUCUACAACCACCUGAAGCAGUUUGAAUAAUAACUCUGUAUCAGAGUACAUUUACAAAGUAUACAUUCUACUUUAACUCCCUGUAUUGCUGUUGGUAAUCACAGUGUGUUGUGAACACUUUGAAUAAGCUAAUGACUAAUGAGGAGCCCAAAAUCUUCAAAUCACCUAAACAAUGCUCUUGGGGUUUGACAAAUAUAUUUGUCUGUGUGUGUUUACCAUUUCCCCCAAUUUCCUCUCUCAUCUGCAGUGGAAAGACACUAUCUUAAAAUCCAGCUUCAUAUAAUGUGACAUGUGUGGCUCAAAAUGUUGCUCUGUUUACAAAAGGGAGCUCAGAGGUCAAGUCAAUGGCCAUAAUCAAAGGAAGAAAGAAAACAUAUUUGUAAUAGCUGCUGUUGUCAAUCAAUGUUAAAAUGUUAAGUAACAUGUGCAAUGUUAUGAGCCCAAGAUUCAUGAAUCAGUGUGGAGACACUCCAGUUACAAUGAACAGAGGUUUUGCUUAAGUCUUGCAAUGUGGCAAAAUAAGGUAAUUUUCUAGUAUUUCUAAUAUGAGGUGCAAAUGUUUUACAUUGUUGUUAGAGGGAUGACCUGUCACUUGCUCCUCACUAAAGGCUGCUGAGUAAAAACAAACAUGUACAAGUGCAAAAGGUGGAGUUUAAUACUAAAUAACUCAAGUUUUAAAAAUUUCGUUUUUUUUUAGGUGACACAGUUUAUGAUCAUCAUCAGGAGUCAACUUCAGGUCAGUUAGUUCAGAUACAAAUAUGAGAUUUAUGAUGGAUCUGCUAUUGAUAAUUCAAUAAUUAGAAACCAAUUGGAAGUGUAUGAUAUCUUGAUGUGGAGAAUCUUCAAAAAAGUGUAGGCCUAUACGAAGAUAGGAGAAAGGACAGGGUCUAGAUGCUGGUGGAGGUGGAUAAAGCUAGCAACAGAUGGUUGAUCGAAACCUUUUGGACGAAUCUUCCUUCCUGGAUAUCAUGAAGAGAUAAGGUGGUGAUGGGGCAGAACUGGGUUAUGCAAAAGCAGGUCUGAAUGGCAGAAUUGCAACGAUAUUUAGAGAACAGCACAGGGAACUGAUUGGCACGAGGAACGUGAGCAGAAAGACCAUUGGUCAGUUAUGGUGGCAUCAGAGGCAGAACAAGAUCUUCCUCCUUGAACUUGAUCCAACAUUUUAGUAGUUGUCAUGACAUCAGCACAGACACAGACAGGUUUUAUGCUACACAACUCAGUAUUUAAGUGGACAUAACAUAUGUUUUGUGAUUAUCAUUUAUAUACUGUUGUUGUCUUUGUUAAAGAUAGUAAAAUAUCCAUAAAACAUGAGAUGAAUCUAUGUAAAAGUGCUUUCGGAAAGUCAAAAGCCAGGACUUUAGCCUGCUUUGAAUGCUCCAUUUGCAAAGUUAUCUGUAUUUCCCAUCGAACUGAUGUCUGAUUUUUUUUUUGGUGCAUGUCCACAAAUGGCCAUCUGUUCCGUCGUUUUUCUUGCUAAGGUUAUUCAUGUGACAUAUUAUGAAUUGAAUUUGUUGUUUAAACAUGUAUGGAUGUAUUUUAGAAGUUGACAUUUUGAGUAAAGAUGAGAAAAAGAGGUGAAAUCCUUCUACUACUGC